GAACACACUUUUCCCCAGACAAGCGUUUUUUUUCCCCACAGCACCGGAACUGUGAUGUCCAGGACAGAGUACUGUACCACCCGCCCCUGGAGUUUAUGUAUAUAUUUAUUUAUUUAUUGCCUGAAUACUCAACGCAAUGAGCCGCUGGAUUCCUACGAAAAAAGAGAAAUACGGUGUUGCCAUCUCUAACUAUGACGGGCCUGGCGAACAGGAGCUGAGUCUGCGAGUGGGAGACACGGUGCACAUACUUGAGAAGUUAGAAGGAUGGUACAGGGGAUACACCCUACGGCACAAAUCUCAGAAGGGAAUUUUUCCAGCUUCAUACAUUCACCUGAAAGAGGCCAAGGUUGAGGGCAGUGGUGCUGAGGAGACGGUCAUCCCCACCGACAUCCCGCUGGUUCAGGAACUCGCCGCUACACUCCGAGAAUGGGCACAGAUAUGGCACCAACUCUACGUGGGCAACAAGAACACGCUGUUCAGGAGCGUGCAGCAGAUGGCCUACAGCCUCAUCGAGUACCGCUCGCAGAUCGUGUCCGGGACCCUGCCCAAGGACGACCUGGUGGAGCUCAAGAAGAAGGUCACCACUAAGAUCGACUACGGCAACCGGAUCCUAGGCUUGGACCUGGUGGUUCGGGACGAGUCGGGAAACACGCUGGACCCAGACUUCACCAGCACAGUGAGCCUGUUCAGGGCCCAUGAGGCGGCCUCGCACAGCAUCGCGGAGCGCAUCCUGGAGGAGAAGACGCGGCAGCAGAACCUGGAGAUGCGGCGGCAGUCUCUCUUCAGCACGGUCCACACCUACAGCCUCCUCAUGAACCUCAAGAACUUCGUCUGCAACAUCGGCGAGGACGCAGAGCUGCUCAUGUCAAUCUACGACCCUGACCAAUCAGAGGUCAUCAGUGAGAACUUCCUGGUGCGCUGGGACAGCAUGGGCAUGCCCAAGGAGAUCGAGAAACUGAACAACCUGCCAGCUCUCUUCACAGACCUGAGCAGCUGUGACCUGAUCCGUCCGCGUCUCUUCCUGGUGUGCCAGAUCAUCAGGGUGGGCUCCAUGGAGCUGAAGGAGGGCAAGAAGCACACGGGGGGGUUGAGGAGGCCAUUUGGGGUGGCAGUUAUGGACAUCACAGAGAUCGCUCACGGGAACGCAGAUGAUGAGGAGAAGCAGCACUUCAUCCCCUUUCAGCAAAUUGCCAUGGAAACGUACAUCCGCCAGAGGCAGCUGAUCAUGUCUCCACUGAUUCCGUCAAAGAUCAUUGGGGAGAACGAGCCCCUCACGGCCGUCUUCAACAAGGUCAUUGCUAACCGAGAGGUCAACCAUAAAGGCCAAGGGCUGUUUGUGACCCUGAAGCUGUUGCCUGGAGACCUGGCCCAAGUGCUCAAGGAUUACCCCCACUUUGUAGACCGCUCAACGGCCAUCGUCAGGAAGAUGGGCUUCCCAGAGAUCAUACUUCCAGGGAACGUGAGGAAUGACAUCUAUGUGACGCUGCUUCAGGGGGAGUUUGACCGGGGCAAAAAGAAGACGCCUAAGAACGUGGAGGUGUUGUUGAGUGUACAUGACGAUGACGGCAACCCAGUGGAGAAAGCCUUAUUCCCUGGCGCUGGCUAUGAUGGCGUCACAGAGUAUAAAUCCGUCAUCUACUACCAGGUCAAGCAGCCCUGCUGGAAUGAGACCGUCAAGGUAGCGAUUCCCAUUGAAGAUGUGUGUCGAUGUCACCUGAGGUUUAUUUUCAGACACCGUUCGUCUCAGGACUCCCGAGACAAGUCAGAGAAGCCCUUUGGCAUCGCGUACGUGAAGCUGAUGAAGACUGAUGGCACCACCCUACGAGACGGCAGACACAACCUCAUCGUCUAUAAGGUGGACAAAAAGGCGGAGGACGCCAGCACCUACCUGACCAUGCCAGGCUCCUGGGCGGAGGUGGAGGAGAGGGAGAAGCAGACGGGGAAACCGUUCCACCACUCUGGACCCGUGCCCAUCACCAAAGACAGCUUCCAGAUCUCCUCCCUCACCUGCUCCACCAAACUCACCCAGAACGUGGAUCUAUUGGGUUUGUUGAACUGGCGGUCCAACCCUGAGGCGCUAGAGCAGAACCUUCAGAGGCUGAUGGAGGUGGAGGGGGGGGAGAUUGUCAAGUUCCUGCAGGACACCCUGGACGCCCUGUUCAACAUCAUGAUGGAGACGUCAGAGAAGGACACGUACGAUACACCGGUGUUCAACGCUCUGGUGUUCAUCAUCUCUCUGAUUGGCGACAUCAAGUUUCAGCAUUUCAAUCCGGUUCUGGAGACCUACAUCAACAAGCACUUCAGCGCCACACUUGCCUACAUGAAGUUGACCAAAGUGUUGAAUCAUUAUGUGGCGAAUGCAGAGAACACCGCCCUGACUGAGAGGCUGUAUGCGGCGCUCAAGGCCUUUAAGUAUCUCUUCAGGUUCAUCGUCCAAUCACGUGUCCUCUACCUCAGGUUCUAUGGCAACAGCGAGGAUGGCGAUGCAUUCUUUAACGCCAUCAGAACACUCUUCCUGUCCAUCAAUGCCCUAAUGGACAGACCACUGGAUGAAGGAGUGAAGAUAAAGGGUGCGAUCCUGAAGUACCUCCCCUCCAUCAUCAAUGAUCUGCAGCACGUCUUUGACCCUGUUGAGCUCAGUGUUCACCUGACCAAGUUCAUCGAGAGCAUCCCUGACUCCCAAAUGGUGCGUCAGAAGAUCACCUGCAUGUGCAAGAUGGUAGAGAGUGACCUCUUCAGGCAGCCUGACUGCAGAGAUGUCCUCCUGCCUCUGCUGACGGACCAGUUGAGUGGUCAGCUGGAUGACCACUCCAGUAAGCCGGACUACGAGGCCUGCAUUCAACUCCUCAGCACUGUGCUGGACAUGCUGGACCGCAAGGAUGUGGGCCCGACAGGGGACCACAUUCGAAUCAUCAUGGAGCGACUCUUGCGCAGAGUCAACCGAACAGUCAUCAGCAUGAAUAACAACUCUCCACUUAUCAGUCACUACCUGGCCUGUAUGACUGCUAUUCUAAAGCAGAUGGACACCAUCCACUACGCCCACUACAUCAACACCUUCAAGACCCUGCAGGACCUCAUCGACUUCCUCAUGGAGACCUUCAUCAUGUUUAAAGACCUGAUGGGGAACGUGUUUCCGUCAGACUGGAUGCUGAUGAACCUGCUGCAGAUGCAGGUCUUCCUCAGGGCCAUAAACCAAUACUCAGACGUGCUCAACACACGCUUCCUCGACCCCGCCCACUUCCACCAGCAGCUCUGGGAUAAAUACUUUCAUCUGACGGUAGCCUUCCAGACCCAUAAGUCACUUCAACUGGAAAAAUUCUCACUAGACAAGCGCAAUAAAAUCCUCAACAGAUAUGGAGACAUGAGAAAAAGCCUGGGCUCCAAGAUGAGAGACAUAUGGUACAACCUGGGCCCCCAUAAGCUGAAGUUCAUCCCGUCCAUGGUGGGGCCGAUCCUGGAGGUGACUCUGAUCGCGGAGCCUGAUCUCCGCAAGGAUUCCAUCCCCAUCUUCUUUGACAUGAUGCAAUGCGAGUACAACUUAGGCCCCAAACGCAAUUUCCAAACGUUUGAGAAUGAGCUCAUCACUAAACUGGACCAGGAAGUGGAAGGGGGGCGUGGUGAUGAGCAGUACAAGAUCCUAUUGGAGAAGACGUUGUUGGAGCACUGCAGAAAGCAUCGUUACCUGGCUCAGCCUGGAGAGGAGCUGGCCCUGCUGCUCAGCAGCCAGCUGGAUAACCUGCUGGCCUACCGCACCAUCACACACGACGAGAGCCCAGAGCUGCGCAUGGGCUGCACCGUCAACGUGCUGAACUUUUACAAGGAGAAGAAGAGGGAAGACAUCUAUAUUCGGUACCUGUAUAAGCUACGCGAUCUGCACCUGUACUGUGAGAACUACACAGAGGCUGCCUACACACUGGUCCUGCAUGCUGAACUCCUGGAGUGGUGUGACAAACCGUGUGCCCCCCACCUGAUCCCUCGGUCGGGCUCCCAUGAGUGGAGUCAGCAGGAGCUGAAGGAGAGGCUCUUCCAGGAGAUCAUGCGCUACCUGGACAAGGGCAAGAUGUGGGAGAAAGCCAUUGAGAUGGGCAAACAGCUGGGCAAGAUGCACGAGAACCAGAUGUUUGACUUCAUGGAGCUGAGCCAACUUCUCAAACAGCAGGCCAAGUACUUUGAGAACAUCAUGCACGCCAUGCGCCCGCAGCCAGAGUACUUUGCUGUGGGCUACUAUGGACUCGGCUUCCCAACAUUCCUCAGGAAUAAGAUGUUCAUCUACCGGGGGAAGGAGUACGAGUGGCUGGAAGACUUCAGCCUCAAGCUGCUGUCUCAGUUCCCCAACGCCGUCAGGAUGACCAGCACAUCGCCCCCUGGUGACGACAUCUCCAACUCGCAGGGCCAGCACAUUCAGUGUUUCACGGUCAAACCAGUUCUCACGCUGCCACAACAGUUCAAGGACAAGGGAGUUCCUGAACAAAUCCUCAAUUACUACCGCACCAAUGAGGUGGACCAGUUCCAUUACUCCAGGCCCUUCAGGAAAGGGGAGAAGGACCCGGACAACGAGUUUGCUACCAUGUGGAUUGAGAGAACCACAUUCAUCACCUCCUACAGAUUCCCCGGCAUCCUGAAGUGGUUUGAGGUGAAGUCCAUGUCUGUGGAGGAGAUCAGCCCCCUGGCGAACGCCGUGGAGACCAUGGAGCUGGCCAAUGAGAAGCUGAGUAACCUGGUGCAGCAGCAGGCGUGUGACCGCACGCUGUCCGUGCACCCGCUCUCCAUGAUGCUCAACGGCAUCGUCGACCCUGCCGUGCAGGGAGGCUUCGCCAACUACGAGAAGGCUUUCUUCACAGAGAAGUACAUGCUGGAGCACCCAGAAGAUCUGGAACGCAUCGAUGUUCUCAAACACCUCAUCGCUCUGCAGGUUCCUCUCCUUGACGACGGGAUUCGUAUCCAUGGUGAGAAGGCCACUGAGCAGCUAAAGCCGCUGCAUAACCGCAUCGUCAGCUGCUUCCAGGACCUGCGGCUGAAGGUGGAGACGCUCUACGGGGUCAUCACUCUGCCAUGCUCUCUGACUCAGAAGAAGAAGAGUCGUGUGGGCUCGGUGGUGAUGCCCUACAUCAUGUCCUCCACCCUGCGCCGCAUGUCCACCAUCUCCACUCUCAGCUCCGCCUCCUCCAGCCUCUCCAGUGGCUCCGCCUCCUCAGAGGGGCGGCCCUCACGCCCGCCGUCACAGGACUCUCUGCUGUCCUCUGACCGGCGUGCGUCCACUGUGUCCCGGGGUGAGGAGGACACUCGCAUCAGCAGGAGGAACAGGAAGGAGUGGAGCGUCAGCAAAUCACAGGUGCUGCUGGAGCGGCCCGACGCAGACCAGACCCCUCCAGAGAAGCAGCAGAGGCCUAAGAGUCUGCAGCUGGGGGAUCGGAGACUGACGCUGUCACUCUUCCAGGGAGACUCCUCCCACCUCAGUCCACUGAGCCCCUUACCCCCCUCUCCAUACACACCACGCAGCUCCAGCUUCACUUGUCUGCCAGAUGGGGGAGAUUUUUCUACAGACACUCCGGGCACACCGCCCCCUAUGCCUCCCAAGAAGCACCCCCACGACACAGACUUCACUCACAACACUGCAGAGUUUACUCCCCCUUUACCGAUGAAGGUGGACGGCAAACCCCCUCCUCCCCCUCCCAAAACCCGCAAGUCUAUGUUCCCCUCUUACGAGCACAGCCUCCAGUGAUCACCCACCAAUCGGCGCUCUGGAUGCUGCUACCCCCUACUGGCCUGGAGGCCUUACUGCACCUUCCCUGCUAUUGAGUGUCACUCGGGGCAAAAGCCAGCAUCUGCAACCUUCUGCCCACCCCACCGGGGGCACCUCUGGAGACUUCGCCCACAUAGUGCAGACUGUGUGUAUACCACGGAGAAAAAGAAGAGUGACACACACCCAUCCCUCCGCCAGCCAUCAGCGCCUCACUGAGGUCACGGGGAGGCUACGCCAUUCCACUUUUUAUUCCAGUUAAUCAGGAGAUUUUCUACCUUCAUAUUUUUGUAAUCAUAAAUUGCUAUAUUGUAUAUAUUGUUGUGUACUAUUCUUGUACUACUGGGUGCGGGUUUAUUAGCCGCUGUAUGUUGGUGUGCAGCUUCUGGUGAAAGGUUAGGGUUAGGGCUUCUGGUGAAAGGUUAGGGUUAGGGCUUCUGGUGAAAGGUUAGGGUUAGGGCUUCUGGUGUAGGGUUAGGGUUAGAUGCAGGUCAUUUUGUUCACUGGACACCUGCUUCUUUUUAGUCUUUUUAAGGGGAAAUUUACUUGAAAAGGGGACGAUGGCCAUGAAACAUUAUAUGCAACAUUUUAUUGAAUUUCCAGUAAACCUCCUGUGGCACUUUAGUUCCUGCGGGUUUAAAAGAGAAGCCUGCCUCUGCGGACUCCAGCGUCAUCGUCAGCUUGGUGUGUGUUUGUGUGUGUGUGUGUGUUUGUGUGUGUGUGUGUGUGUGUGUGUGUGUGUGUGUGUGUUUUUGUUGUGGACUGACUGAUUGGGCUGAGUGAUGAUAUAUAGUGAGUUAUGGCUUUUGAGACAUGUCCACACAGCACACACUAAACCAGCAUCCCACACACACACACACACACGCACUAGGCCAGCAUGACGUGAGCAUGAUGACAGCUGUGGUGUUUUAGGUGCCUUUGGUUUCGCUUUCCUCCACUGUACUGAAAGCAGCACUGGAGCCUAUUUAUGUUCACAUGUUUCUGCCUUUCUGCAUUUUAACAACAAAGAGAUCAAGCGGUUUUUUUUUUGACAAGUUUGAGGUACAGUUCUUCUGACUUGCAUUUCACUGGUUAGCUACAGCUAAUGCUAAAGCUUACAGUAUUCAGUCAGUCAUACUGCAUUUCAGUGAUUAGCUACAGCUAAUGCUAAAGCUUACAGUAUUCAGUCAGCCAUACUGCAUUUCAGUGAUUAGCUACAGCUAAUGCUAAAUCUUACAGUUUUCAGUCAGCCAUACUGCAUUUCAGUGAUUAGCUACAGCUAAUGCUAAAUCUUACAGUAUUCAGUCAGCCAUACUGCAUUUCAGUGAUUAGCUACAGCUAAUGCUAAAUCUUACAGUUUUCAGUCAGCCAUACUGCAUUUCAGUGAUUAGCUACAGCUAAUGCUAAAUCUUACAGUUUUCCGUCAGCCAUACUGAUAAAACUGUAUGGUAUGUUAAAACUGGAUAGCUACAGCUAAUGCUAAAGCUUACAGUUUUCAGUCUGCCAUACUGGGUUUCACUGCAUUAGAGAGUGUUAGCUACAACUUUCAGUCAGCCAUACUGAGUUUCCUCCUGGACUCGUCCUCCUAUUUCAAAGCCUUGGUUUCAGUGGCACACAGCGUUGUUUCAGGAUGGAGUAUUUUUAGACCCUUUCUAGUUACUACAGGUGGGCUCAGAAUCUUUAUACACAUCAGUUGCGAAUUUGUUCAGUCAAAGCAAAACAAACUUAGUAGAAACAUAAAGAACUAAUGGUAUGACAGGUAAUAAUGAACUCUAGUAGAAACCUAAAGAACUAAUGGUACGACAGGUAAUAAUGAAAAAUGAUGAAUAAAAGGGAACCUAUUCUGAGUCUGUUUUUUCUUUGCGAUGUUCUAUCAGGUAAAUGUUUGUGUGUAUGAGUGAGAUUGUGUCAGACAGAAUAUUUUUUAUAAACACGAAUGGUCACCCAAACAAAUGCAAAUUAAAGAUUUAUCUGAGACAUGAAAA